AUGGUCAUACAAGGAAAAGGAAAGGCGCCUAAGGCUCCGAACCAAAAUCGACCAUCGCCAGUUUCUAAAAUUGGUAAGAUAGCGUCGCUCAAAAAGUUUGCUGAUUCGGCAGUGGCGCUUGAUCUCAUGCAUGACUUGGCAAAAGCGGUAGCACCAAUUAUCAACGAUCGUAGGUUUCUGGUAGGCCUCCUCAGUGAAAUGGAUCCUAAGAAUGCGAAUUUACUAGGGUUGAACGUCAACUACGGACAAAAGAUUCUCAUCCGGCUUCGACCAGCCUACAACAAGGCAACUUUUUUGCCUACAAGCGACUUAAUUGGUACUUUUCUCCAUGAGCUUUGUCAUAACGUACAUGGACCUCAUAAUGGCGCGUUUUAUGCACUUUUAGAAUCUCUAAAAAAUCAGUUUAUGGCGGCUUCGUACCUGAAGCAGUACUUUGUAGAGGAAACCAGACUCGGUGGGAACUCCGUUUUUUUGGGAAGUCAAUCUAUUAGAGAUGCAAGAAUUAAAAAGCUUGGAGCAGGAAUUCACAAAGCCGAAACACGCCGUUUAGGUGGUGUAGCUGUGCCUCUAAAUGACCGGAGAAGGAUUAUGCUCGAGGCGGCAGAAAGAAGACAGAAAGAUAACCGAUGGUGUUUGCAAGGCUCAACUUUAGAUGUUCCAUCAUCUACUGAGCUAAAUAUAGAGGUGGUCGACUUGACUGGUGAAGAAAAUGAGCCAGAUUUAGAGAUCGCUAGAAGACCUAAAACAUCGGAAGAUUAUACAGUGGAUAAGCGAGAAACGAAAAUUAAAGUAGUCGAUUUGACCGAUGAUUGA